AUUUGUAAGUCUCCAAUAGACACUAAUGAACUUUGUAGGGGAGAUUGUAGAGCAUGAAUUUGAGACUCCUGUGGCACCUGUUGCUGUGGAGAGUACUGGAUUCCCCAGUGUUGGAAAAUUAAAGGAAAAGAGGGUGUCUCGGUGGAAGCAAAGAAAGCAUCAAGAGAUGGAGGCAUCACAGCCAUCACAGCCAUCACAGCCAUCACAGCCUAAGCCAGAGGAAGAGUCACUAAGUGAAGCGGAAAAGAUACAUCGAGAAAAUGUUGAUCGUAUGGCGAAAAUGUCAGCUGAAGAGAUUCAGAGUGAACGAGAAGAAUUAUUCAAUACUUUGGAUCCCAAGUUAAUAGAGAGUUUACUUAAGAGAACUCAGAAGCGAAAUCAGAAACAAGAGCAAGAGCAAGAACAUGAACAUUCUCAUGAUGAGCACCAUGUGCAUGCAGAAGGAUACAAUGGCUGGAUUGGUGGUAUGAGGACAUCUCAGGGUCUUACUGAUAUAUCACAUCUCGAUAAAGAAGAUGUUGAUAGAGCCCUCGGAGUUAACAAUCUCACUUUAGAAGAUCCUAAUUCUGAUAAAAAGGCUGUCACAUUUGGUGAAGUAACUACCAUAGAUUAUAAAGAUUUAGAUGAGAAUAUAGAACUAGAUCCUAAUGGAUGGGAAGAUGUUACAGAUAUUCAAGAAAUGAUUCCAAAUAUGCCAGCUACUAAUCCAGAAGAUGAAAUCGCACCCGAAGAUUAUCAAUUAGUUAAUGAUGACGAUUUAGAAGAUGAAAAGAUAGGAGUUCAUUUUACCAAGCCAAAGGCCAAACAUGAUGAUUUGGAUUUGAACGAUCCGGACUUUUAUGAAAAGUUGCAUGACAAAUAUUAUCCUGAUUUACCAAAAGAGACUGAGAAAUUAUCUUGGAUGACUAAACCGUUACCUAAACAAGUUUCUACAACUUAUGAAUCAAUAUCAGACAUGAGAUUUGAUUUUAAAGGUGACUUGAUUCAGUUAGAGAAUGAAGUCAAUCCAGAAAAGGAAAUCCCUACGUAUAUGGGAUUACAUCAUCAUUCUGAAAAUCCUCAUUUAGCAGGUUAUACUUUAGGUGAAUUGGCUCACUUAUCUAGAUCAGUAGUGCCAGGUCAAAGAUGUGUAAGUAUUCGUACUUUAGGUAGAAUCUUGCAUAAGCUAGGAUUACAUAAAUAUAGUAUAGUGCCUAUUGAAGAAAACAAAAACACUAACCCCGAAGAUGAAUUUUUUAAUGAGAGCAUGAAAGAAUUGGUUAACAGUUUUGAAAAUAUGAUGUGGGAUUUAAUAGAGGAGCUUAGAAUCAUUGAAACAUUACAACAAGCUUCUGAUGAAAAAGUUACUAGUAAUCUUUCAGUAAGAAAUUAUGCCAUUGAAGCGUUAUGGUUAUGGAAAAAGGGUGGAGGUAAACCAGUGGGUACGAAAAAGAGUGAAGAACAAGAACUUCUAGAACAAAUAGCUUAGAGUAUAUAGAGAAAAUGUAAAUAACCCAUUGAUGAAUUAGUAGUUAACUAUAGUAGUUAACUAUAUUGUUACUAAUUCUGGAUAAUAAAUAAGUCAUUCAGCUCAGAUUAUAGAUAACCAAUAAACAGGAACUCAAUUAGUCUAAGGCAUUACCAAAUUCACUAGAUUCAGAACGAAACUAGCAAAUGUAUAAGUAUCACUCCAGAUCAAGAGAAUCC